GAGUUCCACACUUCCACACUGAGCAAAGGUUGUGAAGCAUGGAAUCAGGAUCUGUGUGUGAGUGAGUAAUGCUUUCGGAUAGCGCUGCUUGACAGAGAGAAGCUGUGAGAUAGCUGAUAGUUUUUAAAAAAUCUAAUGGACUGUAUCUGAAUUUUUCAUGUAGAUAUUGACAGAAUACUUGAACAAUAUAUUUCUUUUAGUAAUUAUUCAUUUCUUUUAAAAAAUGAUAGAAAUGGAGAGGAAACUGGUUUUUAAAUUUUUUUUAGACACUUGCUGUUCAUAGUGAUCAGAAAUGCUGUAAUUGAUCGUAUAUUUUAAUAUUUUUAUAUUGUUUUAUAUUUAAUGUCUAACUUAUGUUAGAUUUAAUAUAAUCAUUUAUCUUUCUAUGGCUAGACCUAGACCUAGGAACUAAACAGCCAGUUCAAGAUAGAUAACACAUACUGUGUAAAGGUGUAAAACAUACAAUUGACAGUGGCUUCUAGGUGUUGUUAAGCUGAAUUUUUGAGUUUUAUUGCAUAUAGGAAUGCUUAUCUAAGAACUAGCAAUUACAAAGCUCUCACACAGCCAUGCUUCAGUUUUGGCUUCUGUUUGUGGCCAGUUUAAAUUUCUGUGAGGGUCAGUAUCUCGAUAAUGCUCCCAUCGUUAUCCAGUAUAAUGUCUGGGAGGAACAGCCAGCAGGCACAAGGGUGGGCCGCCUGUUGGACAGCCUACGUCAGAAAGGAGAGACUGGAUCACUGGAGGACUUCCGGAUUGUGGAGCAUGGUCAGGCCCUACCAUUCACAGUGGCCAAAAGAGAUGGGGUGGUGUCAACACUGGGCCAGCUGGACCGGGAGGAGUUGUGUCGUGGAGCUGACCAGUGUGAACUGGCUUUUAGUGUUCUCUAUAGGAAAGGUGGAGUGGUGCACUUCCUGCGUGUUAGAGUGGAGGUGAUGGACCUGAAUGACCACAGUCCUAUCUUCCCUAACCCAGUGCAGGAGGUGGAGAUCUCAGAAACGGUAGGUCUGAGGAUGCGUAUCCCAUUGGACCGUGCUGAGGAUCCAGACGCAGGUUCCAAUGGCCUGCAGACCUACAGUCUUUCUCCAAGCCAUCACUUUGCUCUGGAUGUCCGUCCCUCUGGAGGUGCCAAACAGCCAGAAUUGGUGGUUAUUAAAGAACUGGACCGGGAGAUGGAAUCAUCCUUUGAAUUAACAUUAUUGGCUUGGGAUAAAGGGAACCCACCCAUGUCUGGCAGCACUAAAGUCAAAGUCAUAGUCUUGGACUCCAAUGACAACAGUCCCAUGUUUGAGGAGAAUGCUCCAACAGUUGACCUCCCUGAAGACACGGUACGAGGCACAGUAGUUAUCAACCUUCAUGCUACAGAUCCUGACCAGGGUGCUAAUGGAGAGGUUGUGUACUCACUCAGUAAACAUUCCCCAUUAGAUGUGCAGAGACUUUUUAGUGUUGAUCCUCAAACAGGUGCUGUCGUCUUAAAAGGUCUCUUAGACUUUGAGGAAAAAAGAUCCUAUGAGGUAGACAUACAAGCAAAGGAUCGCGGUCACAAUGCUAUCCCAUCCCACUGCAAGAUGCAAGUAAGAGUUCAAGAUGUCAAUGACAACGCACCUCGAAUACACAUUACAUGGACUCCCCCAGAUUCCCCUGUGGCAACUGUGUCAGAAGGGGCAUCAAAUGAGACCUUUCUGGCUCUUGUGAUGGUGUCUGAUGCUGAUUCAGGUCCAAAUGGAGAAGUGCAAGCCCAGAUACAGCAAGGAUCAGGCCCAUUCCGUCUCAAGCAAAUCCAUGGAGACAACUACAUAAUUGUUACUAAUGGAAGCUUAGAUCGGGAGCAACAAAUGGAGUAUAAUAUUACUCUUCUUGCUCAGGACAGUGGUGUUCCUUCUCUGUCUUGUGUCAGGCAUCUGACUGUCCAUGUCCUGGAUGAAAACGACAAUGCACCAGUAUUUUCCAACACUGUCUACACUGGUGUUUUCAAUGAGAAUAAUGCACCUGGAUUUCAUGUCUUGACUUUGGAAGCCCAUGAUGUUGACUUAGACCUUAGUGGACGGGUGUCAUACUCAAUUAGAGAGUCAAAUGAACUUGGGACACCAACUGCUUCCUUCUCAGUCCACCCAACCAGUGGGGCUGUUAUUGCUCAGCAGUCAUUAGACUAUGAGGAAUCACCGACAUACUCCUUUAUUGUGGAAGCAGUAGAUCAUGGCUACCCUCCAAUGACCAGCAGUGCUACUGUGCUUAUUAUGAUUGAAGAUGUUAAUGACAACUAUCCCAUCAUCAGAGAACCACUUCCCAAGAAAGGUAUUGCAGUAGUGAGUGUUCCCGUUAAUGCAGAAAAAGGGGAGAUUGUGACAGAAGUUAAGGACAAAGUUCAGGGAACCAUACAUCCAUUAAGCAAUCAUUCUUCCCAAUAUAGGCUUGAAGGUUUUUUGGCCACAACCAUUUUAGCAAGUGACUCUGAUUCUGGUCCCAAUGGAAAACUCCAAUUUAAAAUAAUAGAAGGGAACCCCUCCAGGCUGUUCUGGUUAGACGAAACCACAGGUCAGUUAUACGUGAACACCACCAAUGCCACAGAAUUGAUUGGCAAAGCUUUUAAAGUGGUCAUUGCAGUGUCAGACAUGGGAACACCCCCACUUGUCACACAGACAACACUGGAGGUAACAUUCAUCAAUCUUCGUGACCACCUUAAGAACUCUGCUCCUGGACAACAGGCUCAGUUCAGCUUUACAAUGCUUUUAGCUGUCUGCAUUGGAGGAACCUUCUUGCUUUUGCUGCUAGCUGUUGCUUUGGUUACCACAUUCUGUCGCCCAGAAAAACGAGACACUCAUGCUUACAAUUGCAGACAAGCUGAAUCUACCUACACUAGUCACCCUCGCAGACCACAGAAACACAUUCAGAAAACAGAUAUACAGCUGGUUCCUGUCCUAAGGGGUCGAAAAGAUGACCUGCCUGAAGAGGAGUCCCAGCCACUCUCAUCUGGUUCUCCUCCGCCUGAAGAACCUCACCAAGAAGGCCAGUUCAGUCUUUCACCAACACUUGCUCACCUGGUACAAAGUCAAGCUUAUGCCGAAAAUAAUGGUACACUUCCAUUCACACAAAGCAAGACACUCAGGAAACCUGGGAGCAUAGAAUGCCCACAUACCCCUACAACACCCUACCGAACCCUGCGCAAGGCACGAAACCCGUCCACGUCCUCAUCCUUGCACUCACAGACCAACACUCUGAGACGCCACAAGCCUGAAGAAGUAAAUGCACUGACCGACUCCCAAGCUGUGGCCACUUUGAGGAGGACAAAAAACUCAGAAAGAAAUGGAAGGCUUGAGGAACAGGACCACAGACAAAUACUGAGAAAUUUGGUGCGCUUAUCCAUGGCUGCUUUCGGAGAAAACUCACUUGAGCUGUCUUCAGCUUCACCUGAGGUGCAGCAGGUGUCUCAGCUGUUGUCUCUGCUGCAUCAGGGCCGGUUUCAGCCUCGACCAAAUUUCCGUGGCAACAAAUAUUCCCACAGAGGUGGCCGGUCUGGCGCACAGGAUGCUGAUUGGCUGAGUAAUAAAGACAGCGGACAUGGGGAAAGUGAGCCUGGAGACGUGGACUGGGAGGCAGGCAGAGACUCCCCCGUUGACCCCUUAUUGGAGGAGGGCCUAACCAACCUGCUCAGCAACCACGAUGAUGUGUUCUCGGACAUCCCUGACCCAGCAUGGAUGGCUCGGCUGUCCCUUCCUCUGACCAGCGACUAUCAUGACAACCUUUAUGUCCCUGAUGGGCUACCACCCUCAGAAGAUCAGAGCUCCACUUUAGGGGCCCCAAAUGACUCUGCCUCCUUCUCCACCUUCGGUAAGGCCCCAGAGAAGACGGGGUCUUUAGGAGGUGAAACUCUGCUCUCAGAAGUAAGCACACUGUUUGAGAUGCUAAUGACGCAGAAGGCUGACGCUCAGCCUCGGUCCGACAUCCUCUACAGACUUUCUGCAGCUUAUCGCCGCUCCCUCGGCCUCGAUGGCCAUCAAGGGCCGAAUGAAAAAUCUCCUAUAAUACGUUGUGCCACUCCAAACCGUUAAUGAUUUUCAAGUGCCAUGUGAACAAUACAAACACUUACCUUUCCCUUCCGUUGUCAUCGAAUCUCUUUUACUGUUGCAGUUCUGUCUCAAACUGGUGUUGGUUUUAAGCAACAUUGUCAUAUCAUCAUCUGUCUCUCGGGGAGGUCUGUCUGGUACAGGCCAGCUAAGGCAAACUACAAAGAUCUCUCAUAUAUCCUGGAAUAAACCUUAUGUACUCUUUUGUAACAGAGUGAAACUGUGUUAAGGAGACAAGGAGGCAGUUUUCCCUCUGCUUCAGGCUGUAACCCAAAUUACUCUACAAUGGUGCUUUUCUCUCUAAGUAGUUUAUGAGACCUAUGGCUUUGUAUGGGUUUAGAGAAGGAAAUGGCUCUUUGUCUUCUUUUAAGACUAAACACCAACAGAACAAAUCCUGUCUCUGAGGAGGAAUGUGUGAAAUUUUCUACCACAAUGGACUAUAAGCAGCCUUGCUUCCUCUGCCAUAACCAGACUCCUGAUUAUUGUUUCCUGCUUCUCUUUUGUAAAUAAUAUGCUAAACAAAAAUUCAGUAUUUGCAUUCUUGAAGAUUGUAAAUAAUAGUUGCCAGGCAGAGUUAAUGUCAUUAUUUUUCACCUGAAUCUGUGAUUUAAUAUUUCAAACACAAAAGGCAUCUAGCUGCUAUAGCAGUGAUUCAGUGAUUUAUGGUGACUCUGUGACCCCCAGUGAUCCUACACAUUUUAUUGUUUCAAAAAUAAUAAAGUAAAACUAAAAGAAACAAACUGUCAGAGUCACAAAACCUUGCACAUGAUCUUUAUGAGACCUAAAUGGGAAAGGUGUAAGUUACUGACCUUGAAACACUAGACAUAGAUUUCAUUUCCAUACACAUUAUAAGAAUUACAUAUGCAUUUUUUUUUUACAUGUGAGUAACUGAGAGCACUUUGUAUAUAACUUUUUGUAAACAAUAUGAAUGAAAUAAACAUUUCUGAAACAUU